ACAAAUUACAAAUUCACAUUUUAGAAAAGUUAACGUAAGCAGAUAAUAAAAUUCCUAGUAAAAAUUAAAAGAAAAAAAAUGUCAUAUAAGAAAUUGCUGUUUGUCUGCUUGGGCAACUCAUGCAGCUCGCCCUUGGCGGAGGCAAUUAUGCAGAAUUUAAUGGUGAAGACAAGUCUCUACUGGGAAGUGGACAGCGCUGGUUUACGUACUUGGAACAUUGGACGCAGGCCACACAAACGUUGUUUGCGCAUUUUACGAGAGCACGGUCUACGCUCGGAUCACAUCUGUCGACAGUUUACCAAUCAAGACUUUCGUUAUUUUGAUUAUAUUGUGGCCAUGGAUGAACAUGUGUACAAGGAGUUGCUUUUAUGGCCUGGAUUUAAUCGUGGCGACGGUCCGCACGAUUGUGACAAAAUUCUUUUAUUGAGUGCAUUUGGGCAGAAGGGAGAGAACGCCCGGAUUAAUGAACUCUCGCCCAUAGUGAAAUUAAAGAAUUUUCGCACUGCAUAUUAUCAGAUCAAGGAGUGUUGCAAGGAGCUCAUACUCAGCCAGCGGGUGAAUAUUGUGCAAUACGAGCUGCCCAGCUCUGAGGAGGAUGAGCCAGAUGAGGUGGAGGAGGAGCAUGGGCAGCAUGAGAUUAGCCUUGAGGAAAGUCAACUAAGGCUAUUGCCAGUGCAAGACAAAGAACUGGACACAAAUGCAACCCAGGGAAGGCAGAGAAAACUUUGUCAGAAUUGUAAAGAAAAAUUUAUGGCAGCUCUGUGAGGAGAAAGAAUCAUAGCCCAUUUGUGUGUUUUAAGAUCGAUAAUUAUUGUGGAAUUUAUGUACUUAUAAAUACCAUGUAGUAAAAUAGACUUUUAUCUGGCAUCUCGUCAGUGGGCAUUAGCAUGACCCCCCUUAA